AAUGGGUAGUUCGUUCGAUGAAGUUGAAAUUUUAUGGUUGGAUAUAAUAAAGAAGAUAGAAAGCAUUUGGGAGAUCGAACCAUCCAUUGAUUUGUGUUUGAUCAGAUGGAAUUCUGUAACUGGUACAUUGGAAAGUGCAGUGUCCCCUCAAUUAGUAACAACAGAAUGGUUCACAGAAAUGUCACAAACUUUUAUUAAAAUGAAACAAAAAGAUAUUGAAAUUAGCGAAACAGCAGAAUUAAAUAAUCUACAUAUUGAGGUUGAUGAUAUAUUUACACCAGAAGUAGAGAUUCAAGAAGAAACUUUAUCUCGUGUUAAAAAACGAAUAUCAGGUUUUCAUGUCUGUGAUAUGUGCGGUGUUUUACAACCCGAUUUGAAAAAAUUAAAUAAGCACGUGUCUAAACAACAUUCUGAUUGUAGCAAAGUUUGUCGAGAAUGCGAUGCAGUAUUUGAAAGUGUAUUCGAUCUCAUGAUUCAUAGACAAUUAGAACAUUGCCUGCAGUUAUCUGGACUUCAAUGUCAGAUGUGCGGAUUGAAAUUUGUUUCCGAUCGAGCUCUGAAAUGCCACUUGAUUUAUAAACAUUCUACCGAUUCAAACAUAUGUUUUAAUUGUCUUGAAGUUUUAGAAACUUUCUCAGAUGUUCAAAAACAUACGGAAAAUGAACACGAUAAUUCUUGGAUUUGUCCAAACCCUGAUUGUAGCAUCGUCUUGCCCACUGCAGAAGAAUUAGCAGAACAUAUCUUACAGCAUAGAAAAAGAAUUUGGAAUGAGAGAAUAAAAUGCGAUUUGUGUGACUUUUCAACCUUUACAAAAAGUGAAUUAAGAAAACAUUGCAGCAUUGAGCAUACAAUUAAAGAAAUAUGUAAUAUUUGCCAUAAAGAGUUUGGUAACAAGUCAAGAUUAACCCUUCAUAUUAGAACAAGACAUGGAAGUGAGAAAUUUACUUGUAAGAGAUGUUCAAAGUCAUUUGAUACUGCUCAAAAAUUGGUAAAACACUCUAAAAUUAUUCAUAAUGACCUUAAACCUUUCGUCUGCAAAGAAAAGGAUUGCGAAAAUUGUUAUGCGACUUAUAGUAGGUUAUUGUAUCAUGAAAAGAAAUGGCAUAGAAAGAAAACAUUCGAUAAACAGUGUUCAACGUGUAACAAAUUAUUUACUAAUGAUGAAGGUCUAAGAGUUCAUCAGAAAAGAUGCGGAGUAGCGGCUUCUCAAGCGAAAUUCUCAUGUCAAAUAUGUUUGAAGAGAUUUUUCACCAAUCACGAAUUAAAUGAUCACCUAUUCAUACAUAGAUCUGACCGGAGUUUUGUCUGCAAAAUCUGCUUGAAAACAUUUAAACUUAGGACCAGCCUUGCCGCCCAUGUUAGGACUCAUUCUGACAAGCUGCCGUAUACUUGCUCCAAGUGCCAAACAAAAUUUAAAAACUAUCAUACUGCUAGAAUGCAUUCUAUAAAAGUUUGUCAAGGUUCAAAUAUAUUAUCUGAAAUUUUGUAUAGAAAAAAUAUGGGAAAAAGGGCCGAGAAAUAUAAUCAUAAAGCUUCGUAA